AUGGGGAAUUUUGCAAAAAUCCCUUCAAGGAGCGGAAAAAGCCAAAAAGUGGUAAAUGAAAUGAAAAUGAAUGGAGAAGCACUUGAUGGUGUCAGAGUAAUGGAAAAAAUUUUGUGGUCAUUGACACGCAAAUUUGAUAAUAUGGUGGUUGCCAUUGAAGAGUCAAAAGAUUUAUCACAAAUAUCAAUCGACAAACUUGUGGGUUCCCUCCAAGCCCAUGAGCAUAAAAUGAAGCAAAAUGAUGAUACUCGAAAUUUGGACCAAGUCUUGCAAAGUAAGUUGUCCUUCAACGAAAGUGGAGUUAGGGAUAACUUUGGACAAGGUACGAGCAAUCGUGGAGGAUACCGUGGAGAUAUAGAGGCAGAAAUAGAGGUGGACGAGGAACACAUGGACGAGGCAAUUAAUCAUAUGGUAAAGUCCAAACAAGUGAAGAAUAUCAAACAUCAAGUCAUGGACAAGGAGCUCGAGGCCGAGGUCAAGGCAGAGGUAGAUUUCAACAAGGAAAUAAAUCUCAGAUUAAAUCCCAAGAUGGAGGAGAGAAAUCAUGUAGCGGCUGCUAAAGAAGAAGAAAAUGUGGAAUCUAGUGUAUUCCUCACUUAUAAAGAAAGUGAAAAAUCAAGUAAAAAUAUUUGGCAUCUUGAUAAUUGCGCCAACAAUCACAUGUGUGGCCGAAGAAACUUAUUUUUAAAGUUGGAUGAGAAUAUUCAUGGACAAGUAACGUUUGGAGAUGAACCGCAUGCCACGGUCAAAGGCAAAGGCAAAGGAAAAGUCACUAUUACACAAAAGAAUGGAGAAAAGAAGUUCAUUUCAUAUGUUUAUUACGUACCAGCUUUGAAAAGCAACAUCAUUAGCCCUGGAAAGCUUCUAGAAAAAGGAUAUGAAGUACAUAUGAAGGAUUUCAUGCUUGCCCUAAAAAAAAGAGUGGUGAAUUAA